AUGAUCCGUUUUGAGGGCAUGUCUCCAGACGUUAUGGAGGCAAUUUGCACGCCUAUGCAUCAGAUUCUUCCUGUUCAGUUUCCGUCUUCGUCCAUGCCUCCAAUUCAAUCAGUGGCCCACCCCUCCAGCUCGCAGCCUGGGUCCUUGUACCUUGGCUCCAUGUCCGCAACGAUGGAUCGCGAGUUGCUCGCACACCAUCAUAUCACUCAUGUCGUACAAGUACUCGAUGUCCCCUGGCUUCCGAUAUCAGAAAAGGAUGGCUUUCGCUGUCUCCGGAUAGACAUUCUCGAUAAACCCUCCGCUGACCUUCGUCCACACCUUGAAGGAGCAUGCCAGUAUAUUGCUAACGCACUGAAAAAUGGUGGAAACGUCCUGGUGCAUUGCCAGCAGGGCGUCUCACGCUCUCCAGCCAUAGUCAUCGCUUAUCUCAUUCAUGAUCUCGGAAUGUCGUACGAGCAGGCAUAUGCUCUAGUCAAACAUCGCAGACCGUGCAUUAAUCCUAACCCUGGUUUUGUUGCCGGUCUUCGCGCAUGGGAAGAGAAAUGGCGUGCGUUCGCGCCGCCGCCGCCGCCACAACUACGCAGGGUUAAUACCUCCUAUACAUCUCCAGCAACUCCCACGGCUGUUAGGCCGCUCGCGAGCUUCCCAAAGCUCUCCAGGGGGAUGAGUUAUAGUGGUAACUGCAAACCAGGGAGUACUUCAGUUUCUUGA